GGCAAGACCUCGUUCCUCAAUUCCCUCCGUUCAAUCAUGCGGUGCUUGGUGGACGACAAAACGAACGGCACGAGCGAGAGAUACAACGGCAAAUUCACGCAGGUAUGGAAGGAAAUUGGUAUUUUCUUCAUGUGAUUGGUGUCAUUUCUUGUCGACAUCCUCGACUCUCCCUUCUCAGUUUGAAGCCCAAGGCAAGACGCGCAGCACCCACAUCACCAAGCAUUUCAUGACCAAGUGGGCGGCACCUAACAACCAUGACAUCCCUCUCCAGUUCCAGGACACGCCUGGCAUCGCCGUCCCUCACGAGAUCACCGACAUCAUUAAAGCCGUCGAGGUGGGCACACACUGGGGGGGCUCACGCAGAGUCAUCUUUCCCCCCGUGAGCAUACAGGGUCGUCUCCCAGAGGACGGCUCUAACGUGGUCAAGCCAAAUGCACCGCUGGUGGUGCUCAGCUGUGAAGUGGAUACUGCCUCAGAGGAGUGCAACAACAUCAAAGCCAUCAUCCGACACGGAAUGGACGUCCAGAAAGGUAAUCAUCCACCCAUACGAACAUACAAGAGACUGUACAUUUGUGUCUGCUGGCAGGUGGUGUGUAUGUGGUGUGCACGAAGGCCGACAAGCUGCCCUUCGUCACCAGGCAGGGACUCACGACACGCAAACAGCGACUCGAGUUCUUCCAGUCCCCCAAAUUUGAGAGGGAGAUCGACAUCCGCCGCGCGAAAGUGGCCGAAGACCUCGGGUGCGGACACACACAUUGACACACACACACACCCCCCUACAUCAAAACGCCAGGCCUGCUGUCUGUUAUCUGUGUGUCCUUAGUGUUGACAUGAGCCACGUGUAUUGCGUGGUCAACUAUGGCGAGGAUGGCUAUCUCAAUCCGGUCAUGAGCCUGCGACUUGUCCACGUUUUGAAGAGCAUCGUCACCGACUGCUACCUUCGCUUCGAGCAGUAGGUAAGAACGCAACUGCCAGACUCUCCAGCGUCUGUCCUUUUCCGUUUGCAGGACCAAGUAUCAUGUGUGCCAACGCCGCUGCUGUAUGUCGUGACGUGACGUGUCGUGACGUGACGUGUUCCAUGGCUGUGCGAUUCUGUCUCGCCGCUGCGCUUGCGCAGACUUGCUGGUGUAUCGGCACUUGCGGGUGUGGCAUGCUUGCGCAUGAGCGUUAAGCAGUUCGUAUGAUUUCAAUCGUGUUGUCUCUGCUUGUCGGGACGGUGGGAUACAUGGAGGGUACACAGAAGUACGUGCACACUCAGCCGAUUUUUAUGCCUUCUGUUUGUCUGAUUUCAUAAAGAUCACACUCUUUGCGCUGCAUCCAGAAACACAACGUUUGUGUUAGUUUGAUAUUCUCAACGUG